CCUUGAAGAUCGCAUCAACCUUCGAAAAGCUGCUAACCGCACGAAUCGGCGAGGCAAAGCGCCAGGAAACCGUGGUCGUGUUCCCUCUGACGGUUCUCUUCGCAAUACUCAAAGCAAAACUUCCCGUCCAACCCCAUACGAACGUUCUCCACGGUCAACGGCACCAGAUGGAAAGUGGGGUCAUAAUGGAUUUCUUGAGCAGAACAACAUUAAGGGCGGCACUCUCGCUGCUCGGAUGGUUUCUGACCGCCCACCUGGUGGGGUCCGAGAUGACUCAGAACACCAGGAUCCUGCAAAUCUGGAUCGGUGGACUCACGACAAAUUCUCCGGCGGUGCCACUCGGGGGAGACGGAAGGGUCCUGAUGUGCCAUCGGCUCUGGCGCAAAAGACGCUUGCCGCUUUGUCUGGAGGUCGUACGCCACCUUCAGAUUCUCCUCAGCCUAUUUCAUCCUUCAACGUCAAGGGCGCGAGCGGUGCAACAGUGGAAGUGCGGCAUCUUGUUCCUGGUACUACUGCGGAGGAUGUUGCUGCAAUAUUUGGGGCUAACGGGACCAUCCUGUCUGCUACUGAGGUCAAAGGGAAAGCAAAUUCUGUGACGGUACAAGUUAAAUUUUCCAAUCUUUCGGAGGCGAAUAGUGCUGUGAAGAAAUUCAAUGGUCAAGAGGCGGACGGGAGAAUAUUAGAAGUCGUGGUAUUGGACAGCACCCUACUGAAGAAGGCUAUAGCCGCAGGCGUCGCAACUCCUCGAGAAACAUUUGACCUUUUGCCGGAUGCUCCGGCGAGCAGAAUGCGCUCGGAUGCUUUAAUGGCUGACCCAAGGGCGCAAGUCCAGACCGUCCCACCCAUAAUCUCGCCUGGAAAUCAACAAAGCAGGGGUUUCCCUUGAUUUGUGAAAGCAGUGUCCGAGGAUUAUCUUGUAGUUCAUGUUGCAUAUCUGGAUUUAUUUAUAUCGACAAGUCCUUGUCCAUAUCAUGCCAGACCGAUUCUAUGUACUCUCCCACACCACUUACACGUAGGACAUGAGCAAAGGCUGCAUGCAGAGCGAGGAUCUCAGUAGUGAAAGUGAAAGUACGUCCACUAUCACGGUGUGAUGUCCUCAUUUGGACAGUGUAGGUAUUUUCUGCGCCCUGUCA